GUAGGCCACCUUACGCCCGAUAAACUAUCGAUUGUUAAUGUUAAGCUAACAUUAAGUAUAACAUAAUCUGUAAGGAAGCCCAAUGUUAUUGAUUCUUGGUAUAUGCAUUGAAUAAAGCGGACGUGUUAUAAUAAAAAGUGCCUAAAGUAUUAAAUAUACCGGUCCUCUCACAAAUUCAGAAGUGGGAUAAAUCUACGCAAUGGACGAUAUAAACUUCAACAAUUUCUCGGUUGUUCAACUAAAAAGAUGGCUUUCCGCGUUGGGAAUGCCAACUCAAGGUCUUAAGGCCGAAUUGAUGGCUCGUCUUGGGCGUGUUCCUCCCGAGGAGCGCGGCCAGGCACCACGCGAAGACGCCAACCCAAAUUCUGGAGAAGAUCGACCCGUUAACGAGGAUUCUGAAGAAGAUCAACCCGCUAACGAAGAUUCCGAAGAAGUUCAAGGCGACGCCUCCGCUCAUCAACUUCAGGGCGCCGAGAGCAACGUGAACAUCGCACCAGCGGCUUCUCAGAGGGUGUUCUCCCGAGAUGCCCUUGAGCAACAUGAACUUCUUGCCAUCAUAAGGCAGCUGCAGGCAGAAGUAAGUGCGCAUCGCAAUUUGUUGCAACAAGCGCAGACACGUGGCGCCGCACAACAACAAGCAGUUGACAAUAGUGGCAACCUCGGAGACUCGAACAUUCUACCGCGGUCGCCAAUGCAUGCAUCGUCUGGCAACCCUACCAGUCUGAUCGUGUUACCGACCUCAGACGACAAUGCAUCUGGUGGCGGCAUUACAAGCUCAAACGUUUUGCCAGCCCUGCAAGGCAUUGCAUCGAGUGGCAACAGCAGUGGUUUGGCAGUAUUUGGCUCAACGAACAACAACACCGCCGUUUUCAACGCCGACGGAGCUGCCAGCCGAGCUGCAUCAGCAACAUCGUUAUCUUUCGCCAAAGAAGCAGCCAUAGACUUUGACGAAAACAUGUGUGCUCGCAUCUGGGUGGAGCACCUUAAGAACAUUGGUCAGGUAUAUGUUUUGGCCGACGACUGUCUAAGGAUGCUGUUCAUCACCAAGCUGAAGGGAAAGGCACAGCGUUGGUUACAUGCCAACCCUACUAGAAUGCUGGAACCUUUCGAGAGGCUAUGCGAGCAGCUGAUUAUGGCCUUCGGGCAAAUGUCUUCAAAAUCCGAGCAGCGUCGCAAGUUCGAGCAACGGAAAUGGCAACAAACCGAGCGUUUUGCCAUGUACUUCGAAGACAAGAUGAUGUUGGCUCAACCCAUCAACCUGGAGACAGAUGAGCUUUUGGAACAAAUCAUCGAAGGAGUGCCAUCAGCCAAUUUAAGGGAUCAAGCACGCAUUCAACGAUUCGCCAACCCGGAGCAGAUGCAGCAAGCCUUCGCAAAUAUCUGCCUCCCGCAGAUAAUCGAGACCAACGCAGCGAAGAAGACAUCUAGGGAGGCCUCUGGAAACAACGAAUUGCGCUGCAGAAACUGUAACUCCAAGGGCCAUUUCGCAAAGGAUUGCCGCAAGCCAAAAAGGGCUCCCGGAUCUUGUUUCGCAUGUGGAGAAAUGGGGCACUUCGUAGGGCAAUGCCCUAAGAGGAAGAGCGCCAGCGACAACAACAAUUAUAAUGUCUCAUAGACUCAGGCAGCGCGAUUUCAUUUAUAAAACUUUCCAAAGUCCCAUAUGGAAUACACAUUACUAAAGUUAAGACUUCAUAUUUUGGUAUAAAUAAGAGCCAACUUAAUGUAAAAGGAAAAACUUUGUGUUUUAUCAUGAAGAAAGGAAUAAAAAUUUGUUUUGAUUUAAUAAUUGUCGCUGAUGAGUCCAUGAGCCAUGAUGCAAUUCUGGGAAGGGAUUUCAUGGAUAUCUUUGGUUUAAGCAUUAAUCUAGACACCCUUGACACUAUUAAGGAUAGUAGUUGUAAUAUUAACAAAAAUAACUCACUGUCUCACACUUGCAACUUGAACCUUUAUUGUGGAACGAAG